UUCCAAGUACGUGUAGCUUUUUUUUUUCUUCAAUUUGCCAUAAACCUGAUAGGCUAAUUUGAUGGCAAUGCAUAGGCUAUAUAUUUUACUUUGUGGUGGCUUCCAUCAAGCUGUUAUUUCUUACAAGGUCUCGAAUAUCAGAAUAUAUUUGAGUAGGCAGCCCCUCCCCCGGUGUGCCGCACCAACACCAUCGAAAUGAGCCAUGAGGAAGAGGAGGAAAAGGAGUAGAAUGGGAGGGGUGGCUUGAAGCGGAGGGAGAAAGAGAGAGAGAGGAGAGAGAGCGCGCACGGCGAAAUAUGCAGCACCAGUGGCAAGGAAACACACCCGUCAGCGGCGCGCAGAGGGAAAAAAAAGGAUAAGCGCGGACAAAGGAAACAUGGACGCAUAUGAGAAGUCUCCGUGCGCUUCUAGAAUGGAAUUGACAAUUAGGCCAUUGUGCACAUAAAUGAAAAACCUUUAAUGCUGAAGUGGGAGGCAAGAUAUUGCAAACUGACAAGGCGGAGUGCUGUUUUAAUCCGUCUGCGGAUCCUAUGAUCUUGCGAUGGCUGUUGCAGGGAUAUGUGAUUGCCUAGAUAAAAAAGUGCCUCUUUCUUUUUUGCUAUUUUUAUUAUUUUGUGGCCUUGCUCUCGGACAAAUACGAUAUUCCGUGCCAGAGGAAUCGGAUAGUGGGACGAUUGUAGGUGAUAUUGCACAGGAUUUGGGUUUGGAUAUUCGAAAGCUCUCCACCCGAAAGAUUAAGGUAACCUCUGACAGCGGCAGAAGGUACGUGGACCAUAAGAAUGGAAAAUUAUUGGUAAACGAGAGAAUUGACAGAGAGACAUUGUGUGACUCGAGCACCGCGUGUGUUUUGAAUCUUGAGGUUCUUCUAGAAAACCCAUCUGAAGACCAUAAUGUCGAGGUGGAGAUUACAGACGUGAAUGAUAAUACGCCGCAGUUCCCCAGAGACGAGUAUCAAUUGGAAAUCACUGAAUCGGCUUUGCCGGGCUCUCGUUUUCCGAUCGAACACGCGCAAGAUCCGGACAUUGGAACCAAUUCGGUUCGAUUGUACCGGCUCAGCCCAAACGAGCAUUUUGCUCUCGAUUCCAACAAGCCUUCAUUGAAUACUAAGCACAUCGAGCUCGUUCUCAAAAAGCCCUUGGAUCGCGAGCUCUCACCUUACCAUCAGUUAAUCCUGACAGCGACCGACGGUGGCACACCAGCACGAACAGGUACCGCAAAAAUUAACGUUCGCGUCUUAGAUUCGAAUGACAACAAUCCCGUUUUUGACAGCUCGGUAUAUAAAGUCAAAUUGCUUGAAAAUUCGCCCAAAGACACUUUGGUUAUCAAACUGAAUGCCACAGACCAAGACGAGGGAACAAAUGGGGAGGUGUUUUAUUCAUUCAGCAGUUACACCCCAGAGGUCAGGCAGAUGUUCAGCAUGGACACCAACACUGGAGAAAUCAGAGUAAAGAGCAAUGUGGACUACGAGGACACCACUUCGUAUGAAAUGUACAUCCAGGCCAUGGACAAAGGCCCAGCUCCAGUUGCAGCCCAUUGCAAAGUGGUGGUGGAGGUUGUGGAUGUCAAUGACAAUGUUCCAGAGAUUGUGAUCUCAUCUUUGUCCAGUCCAGUGCGUGAAGAUGCCCGUGCAGACACCGUGGUGGCCCUGAUCAGCGUGACGGACCGGGACUCUGGCCCUAACAAACAGGUCACCCUUGAAAUUCCACCUGGUCUUCCUUUCAAAAUCAAGUCGUUUAGAAAUUACUAUACCUUGGUAACCUCAGCCUUUCUUGACCGUGAGAACACAGCAGCCUAUAACGUCACCCUCAGCGCUACAGAUGGCGGCAACCCUCCACUUUCAUCGAAGAAGACCAUUCAGGUGGAUGUCGCUGAUGUGAACGACAACCCUCCACGCUUUGACCAGACCUCCUACACUGUGUAUGUCAUGGAGAAUAAUGCACCCGGAGCCUCGCUCUGCACCAUCAAGGCUCAGGACUCAGAUGUCAAUGAAAACGCUCGCAUCACCUACACGGUCCUAAACGACAACAAUCACGGGAUCCUGGUCACCUCCUAUGUGUCGGUUAAAGCGGACACUGGUGUUGCCUAUGCUCUUCGCUCUUUUGACUACGAGUCAUUACGGGAGUUUCACUUCCAGGUUAAAGCUCAGGAUGGUGGUAUCCCACCACUCAGUCGUGUAGCCACUGUCUACAUCUACAUAAUGGAUCAAAACGACCACCCGCCUGAGAUUGUGAAUCCCCCAGCCAACGGCACGCGCUCAACAGAGACGGUGUUGAAAAAUGCAGAGCCAGGUACAUUGAUCUCAAAAGUGGUGGCCUAUGAUGCAGAUGCAGGACAGAACGCGUGGGUCAUCUAUCUGCUGGACCAGGCCAGCGAUCUGGAUCUAUUUAAAGUGCAUGAACACACAGGAGAAAUUCGUACAACGAGGCGUGUCCUUGAAGACAACUCCACCUCUUUUGGUCUAACCGUACUAGUAAGGGACCAUGGCGAACCACCUCUAUCAUCCACCGCUACCAUUAACAUUGCUGUCAUGGAGGUGCCACCCAAAGUCAUGCCUGACCCCAAACGAAUCAUCCGCCCUCACAGCGCUCUCUUGUUUUCUAAAGUGACACUGUACCUCAUCGUGGCCUUGAGCGCCACCACCUUUGUUUUUUUGGUGACUGUUGUUGUGCUGGCCAUCGUGCGCUGCCAUGCGUACUGCACCCAGCCAGGAUCCUGUUCGCCAUGCUGUGUGUCCCAGAAGGCCCAAGCAGAAGGUGGAUCGGGAGGGGGCGGUGGAGGAGGCGGCGGCGGCGGUGGUGGUGGUGGUGGUGCUCAACCCAAUAACAACGUGGUGCUCCGAAGAGACCUCAAGGUUGAGCCUCAUUAUAUUGAGGUCCGGGGUAAUGGGUCUCUGACCAAGACCUAUUGCUACAAGACCUGUCUGACUGCCACGUCGGGCAGUGACACCUUCAUGUUCUACAACACAGGCCGACCCAUCAGUGGCACCUGGGGCUCCGAGCGCUUUUUUACAGGAGGGAGUGGAUUUGUCCGCAGGCUUAGUAUGCCAGAUGCAGCAAUACAGCCCAAAGGGCCAAAUGCUGACUGGCGUUACUCUGCGUCGCUGAGGGCAGGAGUGCAGAGCUCUGUGCAUAUGGAGGAGGCUUCAGCUGUGAUGCAGGGAGCACAAGGCAUGCUGGUCCAGAACUGGCCCACGGUCUCCAGCGCUGCAG